CAAGGGUUCGUUGUUUAUGUUUACAAUCAAACCAAACAACAAUAUUGCUGAGAUGAAAGCAACAUAAGUUAUUUGUAAUGAACCAAAUAGCAAAUUAUGAUGAGUGGAUCUCAAAUAACAAGGCUGUUUACCUCAAUGUCUAAUAAAGAGAAUGUUAACGAAAAACUGAUACCAGAAAAACAAAAAAAUCCGACAAAUAAAGCAAAUUCCAUGGCACUGAGUCAGAUGAAGGAACAAUUAUCCCAUGAAGUUCAAAGGCGAGAGGAGCUUGAAAGUCAGUUGGAUAAAAGCCAAAAAGAAAUGGAAGAGCUUUCAGUUUCCUUGUUUACUGAAGCAAAUGAAAUGGUCGCCAAAGCAAGACAAGAAACUGAAGUAUUAAGGCGUGAACUGGACUAUCAUGAGAAGAUGCAAGAAAGACGCAUGCAAAAGCUAAAAAAUAUUCAAUCCGCUAUUCGAACUUCAAUGGAAAAUCGAAAAUUUUUUUCUUAUUCCUAUGAAGCGCCAUACCAAUAAGGGAUAUCAAAAAUCAAAACCAUAGAUAUUCUUCAAAUCGAAAUAAAAGAGUGAAACACUUGGAAAAGAUAAAGAUAAUGAAUCAAAAUGAACGAAAUCUACGUUUAGUAAUAUAUAAUAACAGAAAUCCAUGCUCGAAUUUUUCAUGCCUUUUGUUCCUCCUGCUUUAUUUUUUCUGCCAUGAGUGAAGAACCUUCAACCGUGUUACCUAAAGGCUUGUUCAUACUUGCAGAUUUUGAAGGCGUAGGAAGAGAAACAGCAUGCCAGUUAAUAGAAUUUUCAGCUCCAUAACGUUCAGCUAACCACUCAUUUGUUUUCUUAAAAUGAUGACAUUCAAAAAACCCGCGAUGAGCGGACAAAGGGCUCGGAUGAACACUCUUCAGUACACAAUGCGACUGUAAAGGAAGCCCUUGAAGACGUUUAUUAGCAGGCGUUCCCCAAGCAAGCACUACAAUUCCACGUUUGUGCUUAUUUAAUGCAAUUUGAAGAGCCGCAGAUGUAAAUCGCUCCCAUCCCUUACCUGAAUGGGAUGCAGCUUGAUGAGCACGAACAGUCAAGCUAGCAUUUAGCAUUAAAACUCCCUGAUCAGCCCAUGGUAUUAAAUAUCUAAUGUCAAUUAGUUAAUAACAUUGCUUCAGUAAACAA